GUCAACGCGUUGCGACCGUUGACGCGAUUGCGGCUACGCAGACGCAGGGUGUGUGGAAAACCGACCGUUGCACUGCCUUGCCACCUUGCUCGGGUUUGCGUCGUUUACGUCGCCACAAGCGCGUCUUGCGGCGCAAUGCGCGUCUUCCGCGUUGGGUCUCGUCGGUCUCAUCGGGCUUCACAAAUUCACUGAGCGAUGAUCCAAUCCAAUCCAGAGCCAAUGGCAGAGUUUUGUUGAGUUUUACCAGUUUUACGUACUAAGUUUUUACUGCUCCGAUUCAGUGGGGGUGUUAACUAGUUGGAAUCUCUACAGCUUAAUCAUGAUUCACAGUUUUUUCGUGAUCAACACGUCGGGGGACGUGUUCAUCGAAAAGCACUGGAAGAAGGUGAUCCACCGCUCGGUGUGCGACUACUUCUUCGAGGUCCAGAAGAAGGUGGCGUCCCCCGAAGAGAUUCCGCCGGUGAUCUCAACCCCCCACCACUACCUCAUCAACAUCUUCCGGAGCAAAAUGUUCUUCGUGGCCGUCACCAUGUCCGAGGUGCCCCCCCUCUUUGUUAUUGAAUUCCUGCACAGGGUAGUGGACACCUUUGCAGACUACUUUGGUGACUGCACAGAGUUCCUGAUCAAAGAGCACUAUGUUGUUGUCUAUGAAUUGUUGGACGAGAUGCUGGACAAUGGGUUCCCCCUGGCCACAGAGUCGAACAUCCUGAAGGAGCUCAUCAAGCCACCCAACAUCCUGAGGACCCUGGCAAACACCGUCACUGGAAGGACCAACCUGAGCUCCACGCUCCCGACGGGCCAGCUGUCCAACGUGCCCUGGCGCCGCACGGGCGUCAAGUACACCAACAACGAGGCGUACUUCGACGUGGUCGAGGAGGUGGACGCCAUCGUCGACAAGAGCGGCUCCGUCAUCUCGGCCGAGAUACAGGGAUACGUCGACUGCUGCAUCAAGCUGAGUGGCAUGCCAGACCUGAGCCUGACCUUCGUGAACCCUCGUCUUUUUGACGACGUCAGCUUUCACCCAUGCGUCAGGUUUAGGCGCUGGGAGUCUGAACGGGUGUUGUCCUUCGUGCCUCCUGACGGCAACUUCCGCCUCAUGUCCUACCACAUCGGCUCCCAGAGCAUAGUGGCCAUUCCGAUCUACGUGCGUCACCAGAUCACCUUCAGGGAGGCCGGAGGGGGACGCAUGGACAUCACCCUUGGCCCCAAGCAGACCAUGGGCAAGCCGGUGGACGACGUGGUUCUGGAGAUCCCGAUGGGCAAGGCAGUGCUGAACGUGACGCUGGUGUGCAGCCAGGGCAAGUACUCGUUCGACCCGGUCUCCAAGAACCUCGUCUGGGAGGUGGGACGCAUCGAGCCGGGGCGCCUGCCCAACCUGCGUGGCACCAUCAAUCUCCAGACCGGAUCACCACCGCCAGAUUCAAACCCAACCAUAUCCAUUCAGUUCACCAUCAAUCCACUGGCCGUGUCCGGGCUCAAGGUGAACCGGCUGGACAUGUACGGAGAGAAGUACAAGCCCUUCAAAGGUGUCAAGUACGUGACAAAGGCUGGAAGAUUCCAAGUGCGAACGUGAAGCUUUGGAGACAAUAGUUGCAUUCCUGUCUUACCAGAGAUGUAUUAUUUUUCUUUUACGUCGCCUUUCUACUCUGUCACAUCUGAUUUUGCAGUGUACAGCAGCCCAAGUAUAGAGCUUCUCCAAGGGUUAUUGCAAUCUUGUUUGGGGAGAAGCAAAUUAAUCUAUCUAAUUGUGCAGAAAUAUAUUCUUUAAUUCUGACAUUCAGUGCGUGUAGUAAUCUUGAUAAAUAUAUAUAUCUUCAUUAAAUUGCCAGUACAUCAUCUUCCUCCGAGCAAAGUGCAACAUUUGUAAAGUAUGAUGGGUGAUGUGUUGUGCGUUUGCUAAAUAUGUACAAUAUUAAAAUGGUUCAAUGAA